AAGUCCAUUGGGACUCCCUCAAAACACAAUAAAACCAGCGCGACCCAAUUCCCUUUCCCUGUCUGUCACCCUCUCUUUUCCUUCGCCACCACAACCAAAAGCGCGUUACGUUGUUGUUGGCGCCCAUUUGCUUUUGCGUUUGCGUCGCCUUUUAGUAACAACCUAAUCAUGAAUUAUCAGUGAAAAAGAGAACAAACAAAGGAGCAAUCAGCGCCGCUAUUAAUUCCCACUAAAACAAUCAAAAUUCUUUGCUUUCACACCCAGCAGAUGAACUCCACCUGAACCCUAAUGACCACUCUCACUCCCAACCCACACUCCAACUUCCACCAUGCCCUACUUCUCCUUCUUUAUCUCUUCCUUCUCAUACACUCUCCGCCGCCGGCCGCCGCACAGCUCCCCAACACGCUGCCGCCACCGCCGCCGGAUAGAUUUUCCCGGCUUAAGUUCGAUAAGUCCAUGGCCAUCGUGCUCGUCAUCCUCGUCGUCGUCUUCUUCAUCCUUGGCUUCCUUUCCGUCUACACUCGCCAGUGCACGGAGCGAAGAAUGAGAGGGGGGUUCGAUCUCGCUAUUCCCAUCGUUGGAAGCCACCGCCGGCAGCGAGGGCUUGACCGGGAAAUCAUCGAAACGUUCCCCACUUUUGUCUACUCCACUGUGAAGAGCCUCAAGAUUGGGCGCGCCACGCUAGAAUGCGCCGUGUGCUUAAACGAGUUCGAAGACGACGAAACGCUGCGUUUGAUCCCCAAGUGCAGCCACGUGUUCCACCACGAAUGCAUCGACGCUUGGUUGAAUAACCACUCCACUUGCCCCGUGUGUCGGGCCAACCUCGUUCCAAAACCCGAAGACCCGUCUUCGGUCGCGAUCCAGAUUCCGGAUCACGAAGGAUCCGAAUCGGAUGAAACCCGAUCCGAAACCCGAGUCGGUGACGGUAAUGUUAACGGAGAAGUAGUGGCGGAUUCUCCAAAGGUGAAUAAUAAUUUAGUUAAUCAGAACCGUCCACCUCGGUCAAGGUCAACGGGUUUUAGGAUCGCGAGUUGGUUUCCACGCUCUCACUCGACCGGUCACUCGCUGGUUCAACCGGGGGAGAAUUACGAGCGCUUCACGCUAAGGUUGCCCCAGGAAGUGCGAAACCAGCUCGUGAGCUCCACGCUAAGCCGCACCAAGAGUUGCGGCGUGAGCGUGACCUUCACGCGCGAGAGCAGUGUGAGGAGGGGUUAUAGGACAAGAAGCGUUGGCAGCAGCAGCGAUCACGCGAGGGGAUAUGACCGGUUCGGCCGCACGGACCGGCGUGGGUUUUCUUGGACUCCGCCGUUUAUGAUUAGAACCGGUUCGAACCGGUCGGCGAAGAGUUCGAAGGAUGAUACGGGUGAACGAUCUUCAGAUCGGUUAUUUAGGGGUGGUGAGGAUUAGACGGUUGUUUAAGUUAGGUUUAGAUGGGUAAACAUCAAAGACCAAUGAUGAUCAGUUUCCCUUUCACUUUCACUUUCACUUUCACUUUUACCAUCCACGAUUCGUGCUCGUGUAUGUAAUUAGUAUAUAUUACUCCUCUUAUACAUAUUUAUUUGUAUGGUUUCAGAGUGUGGAAUUUUUUGAGUGAUAUAGGUCGAACAAUUAAUACACACGGAUUUUGGAAACGUCAAUGAAUAAAUUU